UGCACCUUUUGUAUCUGUGCUCCAUUGUCUUCCUCUGUCUUCAGUUCAUUCCUUUCUUUCCUUAUUGUUCAAACACAAUUAAUUCCCUUUUUUCUUAGUCUUUUUUAAAAAAAAAUGGGUGGAAAUUCUCCUUGUGCCUCAUGCAAACUGUUGAGACGCAGGUGCACGAAAGAUUGCAUCUUUGCUCCUUAUUUUCCUUCUGAAGAACCUCAAAAGUUUGCCAUAGUUCACAAAGUUUUUGGUGCUAGCAAUGUUAGCAAAAUGUUGCAGGAACUUCCAGUUCAGCAGAGAACAGAUGCAGUGAGUAGUUUAGUGUAUGAAGCAAGUGCAAGAGUGAGAGAUCCUGUGUAUGGUUGUGUUGGAGCCAUAUCUUAUUUGCAAAAUCAAGUUGCUGAUCUUCAAAUGCAACUUGCAGUUGCUCAAGCAGAGAUACUCUGUCUUCAGAUGGAAAAUGAAUCACUGAUACCAAUCUCAGAAACUGAUCUACACCAGAAGUCUUAUCUUCUUCAGAAUAAUUUCUCUCAGUUACUUGACUUUAACACUUCCAACAGUGUAGUUCAAUAUUCCCCUAAUCAUCUUACACAAUGAAAUUAUUUCUGGAAUGAAAAUUGUUCAAAUGUUUGUUUGUUUGUCUUUUCUGUGUAUUUUGGAGACAUUUUUGGGGACUAAAGUUGACUCUAGUACUUAAUUUUUAUAUUAAGUUGUUAAUGCAUCAGGUAAAGACAAAGUGGGUGGUGGCUUGUAAAACUGGCAGACAUUCUCAUCAUUUUAUAUACAGAAGCUACCUUACUAUCUGAAA